AUGAGAAACAGAGAAUUACCCAAUAUUUAUUCGAGCUGCACAAAGAAUGGCAUAUUUACUGUGAAAUCAUGCUAUUGGCUUGCAAGAGAUGUAAUGGCUGUGGUGGGUGAUGUGGGAAGUAAUGAGGACUACUGGAGAUUGGUGUGGAACACACAAGGGCCUCCCAAACUCAAGCACUUUUUAUGGGGUGCUGUUAAGGGGAACCUCGCUGUGAAGGAUCGACUUGUGCAGCGACAUGUCACUAAUGACGCUACUUGUCAUAUUUGCGGUGGGGCGAGAGAAACGAUAAUUCACUCCUUGUUCGAAUGUUCUGCAGCUAAAGAAAUCUGGGAGCAUAGCGAGCUUUCUGAACACUUAAUUGAUUCUCCUACCGAAUCCUUCAUUGCUAGAUGGAAGUGGCUAUAUGGUAAGGUGGAGGGAAGUAUAUUGAGGCGUAUGGCUGCUCUAAUGUGGGCAGCGUGGCGUUGCAGGAACUUGAUUGUCUUCGAAAAUGAGCACCCUGAUGUUGUGAUAUGCUUGUGGCUGGUUUUUGCAGCUACGACUAGUAGCGUGGUGCAGAAGUGCCCCCCGCAAGGAUGCAUCAAAGCCAAUGUUGAUGUGCAUGUACCUGCGGUGGGAAAUACGGGGUUGUGGAUUGUAUUCAGAGAUGCCGAUGGUCGUUUUGUGUUGACAACCAUGAAGAAAAUGGAGGCCUCUACCCCAGAGUGUGUUGAAGCAUAG